UAUGUGGGUCUCAGUGAAACUACAGAAGCGUGAAGAAAGUGCAAUUAGAAGUCUAUUCAACCAAACCUCAGCUGAUUUUCGUAUCACGCAUAUAACACGGUUGGAAAAUUCGAAGCUCUGGGAAAAAUAUGUUUUGUAAGUAGAUUUUUUUUUUUAAAACCAGCCAUUUAAGUCCAGCUCACCAGUGGCACUAGUCUGAAGAUUGAAAUGAAUAUAGCUCAAAAUCUCUCUCUCUCUCUCUCUCUCUCUCUCUCUCUCUCCUUCUUUCUCUCUCUCUCUCUCUCUCUCUCUCUCUCUUUCUCUCUCUCUGGGAAAAAUAUGUUUUGUAUGUAGAUUUUUUUUUUUAUAACCAGCCAUUUAUGUCCAGCUCACCAGUGGCACUAGUCUGAAGAUUGAAAUGUAUAUAUCUCACAAUCUCUCUCUCUCUCUCUCUCUCUCUCUCUCUCUCUCCUUCUUUCUCUCUCUCUCUCUCUCUCUCUCUCUCUCUCUCUCUCUCUCUCUUAUCUUAAAUGCUUUGCAAGAAGGAAAAGAAAUAUCAAAGAUAAGAGAGGUACGAGAAUUAAAUAAAGUUCAAAGGUCAAUGGGAUCAAUUCAUUUCGCUGCAAAUUCUCAAGUUGUUGGUUAUUUUUUUAUAUUUUUUUUAAAAAUACAUUUAGACGCAAAACCUGAAAUACAACAAAACUUAGUUUUUAUCAUCAUUUUUUUAAAAUAAGGAAGUGAAAAAUAGUAUUUUCAUUUUACUUAUCUUUCAACCAGGAAACGGAAGCACAUGGUUAAUGAAAUAGGUGUGUCCAAAAUUAACGAGAGAGCCUUAUUUCAUGGAACUAGCCAUCAUAAUAUUCCUGUUAUUUGCCAAGAAGGCUUUGAUACAAGGGUAGAGACUAAAAAUGGAGCUCUGUACGGUAAAGGUGAGAACUAUGAUUUAUGGACGGACAUAGGUUAAAUCACAUUAAUUUCAAUCCUAUUUCUUCGUUUAAAUUGCAUUUUAUACAGAUCACAAUCAUUUAAAUUAUGAAUUUAAAUAAAACAAAAUAGAUGUGUAUUCGCAAAAAAAUUCGGAAAACUUGGAUGUUUAUUUUAUUUUGAUUUUUUAUUUUGGAUGUUUACUCGUACGUUAUUUUAUUCUUGAUAAUUGUUUGCCCCCAGGCACCUAUUUCAGUACAACAUCAAACUAUUCCCAAAGAUAUGCAGGAUCAUCGAAUAAACUGAUCAUUGCUCGAGUGCUGUGUGGAAACUCUGUACAAGGAAACCCAUCGUACAAACGGCCACCCAGGGACAUCUCGGGCAGAAUGUAUGACAGCUGUGUGAAUGUUGAACGUGGCCCAAGUAUUUACUGCCUCUUUGACAACUCUCAGUUUUACCCUGCGUACAUUAUUGAGUACACAAAGAAGUAAUAGAUCUAACUUUUGGAAGUUGUUAGGUUUAUGUAUCUUUCUUAUUGGAUUGCAUAAUUAUUCAUUUGUUGUUCAAUGAAUAUCGGGUAAUCAUUUCAAUUGUUCUAUUUGCAAAAAUAUAUUUCUCAUGUUUAAUAUGUAUAAUCACUGUUGUUGUUCAAUGAGUAUCGGG